AUGCGGGGAGCUGACGUACGGUAUGGUCACGUAUUCUAUGAUGUGCCGGCCCUCGACUCAAGCCAACAUCCAAACUCCACUGCUCUCUGCCCCAGUCCGCGCCACCACCCCAAUCUGUUGUUCUGGCGAUCCUGGAAAUUCGUUAUAGAACUUUUUGACCGGAUCUCCAUCUCAAUUCCUGCAUCAUGGCGGAAAUGCCCAUUGGUACGCCCUCCCACUUUCCCCCCCAAGGCUCCCGCUUUACCCCAGCUCCAAGCUAACCAGUCCCAAGUGCUCGACGGAGGAACCGGUUUCCUCAAGGUCGGCUAUGCUGCCCAGAACUUCCCAGAGCACCAGUUCCCCUCGAUAGUGGGGCGGCCCAUCUUGCGGACGGAGGAACAGGCCGGCGAUAUCGUGGUCAAGGAUAUUAUGUGCGGUGAUGAAGCCGCCGCAGCACGAUCAAUGCUUCAGAUCAGCUAUCCUAUGGAGAAUGGAAUCGUCAAGAAGUGGGAGGAUAUGCAACAUCUAUGGAACUACACCUUUUACGACAAGAUGAAAAUCGACCCCACAGGCCGCAAGAUCCUCCUGACGGAGCCGCCGAUGAACCCGCUCAAGAACCGCGAGCAGAUGGCCGAGGUGAUGCUGGAGGGUUACAACUUCGGGGGUGUCUAUGUGGCGAUCCAGGCGGUGCUGGCACUGUAUGCCCAGGGUCUGAGCAGUGGUGUCGUCGUGGACUCGGGUGACGGUGUGACGCACGUUAUCCCCGUGUAUGAGUCGACGGUGCUGAACCACCACAUCCGUCGGCUGGAUGUCGCCGGCCGCGAUGUCACCCGCAACCUGAUUGCCCUCCUGCUGCGCCGAGGCUACGCGCUGAACCGAACGGCCGAUUUCGAGACUGUGCGCCAGAUCAAGGAGAAGCUCAGCUAUGUCUCUUAUGACCUCGAGUUGGACAAGAAGCUCUCAGAGGAUACCACGGUGCUCGUGGAGUCGUACACCCUGCCCGACGGCCGCGUUAUCCGUGUCGGUAGCGAACGCUUCGAGGCCCCCGAGUGCCUCUUCCAACCUCACUUGGUGGAUGUCGACCAGCCAGGUAUUGCUGAGCUGCUGUUCAACACAAUCCAGGGCGCCGAUGUCGAUGUUCGCUCCAGUCUAUACAAGGCCAUUGUGCUCAGUGGUGGUAGCAGCAUGUACCCCGGUCUUCCCUCGCGGUUGGAGAAGGAGUUGAAGCAGCUCUGGCUGACUCGAGUACUGGGUGGGAACCCAGAGCGACUGAACAAAUUCAAGGUCCGCAUCGAGGAUCCCCCGCGACGGAGGCAUAUGGUUUUCCUAGGUGGUGCUGUGCUCGCCAACCUGAUCGCCGACAAGGAAGACAUGUGGGUGUCCAAGCAGGAGUGGCAGGAACAGGGUGCGCGCGCUCUGGCAAAACUCGGCCCGAGAUGA